AUGCAGAUCAAUCUCAGUACCGCUCUUGUAUUGGCAGCUACUGCCUCAGCGCUGCAAGUCACGUCACCCAGUAGAGGCGACGACCUGGACCUGAGCGGUUCUAACGACGUAACAUGGGAUUCUGUAGAGUCUGAUCCUACCUCAUUUGAUAUCCAGCUUGUCAAUGAACACGUCAAUCCCCCCGUGGUGAAAACCAUCGCAACAAAUGUCCAGACCAGCGCUGGAUCGUAUAGUUUCAGCAACGUCGCUGCCACUGUUGGAAACGACUACCAAAUCAACCUGGUCUCCAAUGACUCCGACAACACAGGCAUCCUUGCUCAAUCCGCGCAAUUCGAUGUCACCAAAGCCGUCGACAGCAGCAGCAGCUCCUCAACAAGCUCUACUUCUACAUCUUCUUCUUCUUCGACAUCCACGGACGCUUCGUCAACGAGCACCACAUCUAGCUCUACCUCUAGCUCCUCCGGCAUUCGCACUAGUGCUUCUUCUUCCACAUCUGCAAGUAGAACUGCAACUGCAAGCUCUUCCGGCGUUUCAGCUACUCAUACUGGUGCUGCUACGACAGUUUCUGUCUCUAUUCUCGGUGGUGUUUUGGGUAGUGUAUUCGCUCUGUUUUUGUAA